AUGGCUGCCAACACAUCAAAGCAAAGCACGCCUUUCAGCGUGUCUGGAAAGACGGCAAUCGUCACGGGAGCAGGCUCCGGUAUCAACUUUUCCUUUGCUGAGCUGCUUCUCGAGCGCGGCUGCAAUGUCGUAAUUGCCGACCUGGCUCUGAGACCUGAAGCGGAAGAGCUGGUUUCGAAGCACAAUAGGAAUCCCCGAGCAAUUUUCGUCAAGACUGAUGUCACCUCAUGGCCGGCGCUAUCGAAAAUGUUUGACGCGACUCUCGCCGAGUUUGGAAAUUUCGACAUUCUCUGUCCUGGAGCAGGCGUAUAUGAGCCGCAUUGGUCGAACUUUUGGCAUCCUCCAGGGUCAUCAGAGAGCAAGGACAGCGUCGACGGAGGACACUACAAGCUGCUGGAUAUCAACAUCACGCACCCAAUUCGAGCCACGCAGCUGGCGAUCUCUUACUGGCUUCACCCAAAAGAAGUCACGGACACAAAGCUCCCUCCUGCUGUGAAGGCCUCACCAGGCAACCCCAAGCGAAUUGUCCACAUUUCUUCCGUCGCGGGUCAGGUGCCGAACAUCAACGCCCCACUUUACUCCGCGUCCAAGUUCGCCAUCACCGGCUUUGUCCGGAGUUUAGCUCGGCUGGAGGAAACGGAUGGAGUCCGCAUCAAUGCCGUCGCGCCUGGCGUUGUCCGCACGCCUCUAUGGACGGAGCAUCCAGAGAAGCUUAUCAACUUGGACGAGAGCCAAGACGGUUGGGUAACUCCGGAAGAGGUCGCCGAGGCAAUGCUUCGGUGCGCCGAGGAUGACGGAGUCCCGGGCGGCUCCAUCCUAGAGGUUGGCAAGAAUAAUACGCGCUUGGUGCAGACUUUUAAUGACCCCGGUCCCGAAAGAGACCCGAAGAAGGGUCUUAUGGCAAGGAAUGUCUUCAAUGGAACAGAAAUGGUGUUUACAUGGCUGAAGGACGCGACGAAGUGGGCUGUUGGGAGAGACUGA